AUAUUUUAUUUAACUGGUUUAAACGUUGAAGGUGUCUCAAAACAUACAAGUUUAUUAAGCACAGUACAGAGCCAUGUUAAGAAAAUAUCAAAGAUUAAUGAAAGCAUGAAUUCAGAUUCAAUAAUUGAAGAUGGUGAAGAGAGUUCCACAAAUAAUAAGAUUAAAUUUAAUUAUAUAUUAUAUGAGAAUCAACGUCGUUGGAUUGGAAUUGGAUGGACACCCAGUAUGUUAAGUUAUGAAAGGUCAAGUUGGACAGAUGAAUUUUUAAAUCCAUCGUUAUCACCUGAAGAAUUUGAAUUGCCUGAGAGUCAGAAGAAUAUGAAAUGGAAAUGGGUCGAUAGAUCUUGGAGAUUAGACAUGACUAAUGAUGGUAUGAUUCAAUUGUCCAGUAACAAAGCCAAAACAGUUGCUUUUCCUAAUUCUGAUGAUGGAUAUAUAUACUAUGAUAACACAUGGAAGAAACCGUCAACAGUUGAUUCAUUUUCCAAAUAUACCAGAAGGAGAAGAUGGAUUAGAACGGCAGAAUUGAUAAGGGUUUCCAACUAUCCAUUUGAAGAAGGUAGUAAUACCAACGGUAAUGGCGUCAGCAAUGGCAAAGAGAACACUGACACGAGGGAAGAAGAGGGAGAAGAAGAAGGCAUAAUGGUUGAACCAGAACAAAUGGAAGAAGAUGGUAGUGUCGAUAAGAACGGAACCGAUAGAGUUCGCCAAGUUUCAUUUAGUACCAAAGAUAUAAUUUAUACUAUAGCGCCUAAUAAUAUCAAGUUAAAGAAACCCGUUGAAGUGACCACUGAGGAGACAAGAGAAAUAUUAGCAAGUGAGAAUACUCACGAGAAUAAAGGUACAGGAAAGGGUAAAAGUAAAGAGAGACGUAUUGAGAUCAAACAUAGCAAGGUAUAA